AUGCAAGUGGUAUAUAAGAGUAUGAAGACGAACACGACCAAGAAUAUGAAGAUGGAUCGUGGGUAUAGAGCAAUGAGAUACUGGGCGGUGGUUGUGUGUUUAGGGCUGGUGGUAUGGCGUGAAGUAUUGGGAAUGAUAGCGGUGGAAGGUAAUAGCAAUGCUAAUGGUGUUGAAAGUGGUAGUGACAAUAAGGAUAUAUGUAGCUUGACAAAUACGGAUUCUAAAGAUACGAAUUCUAAAGAUACGAAUAAUAGUGAGGACAAGCUUGAUAAGGUGUUGACCUCGGCCUUGGCUUUGAAGUUGAAGUCAACGAGGGAGGAUCAGUGGCAGCCAUUGGAAAGCAAAAUAGAAGAGGUCCUACAAACGCUUGGGUUUAGAUGGCAGGUUGAUUUUAAGUAUGUUAGUGAUUCUAGUAUUGAUGGAGGUAAGAAGCAGAAUAAUGAGUCUGGGAGUUCGGACGAGUCCUCGUUGGUAGAACAGAAGUUUAUGGCUAAAGGUUAUGUUUUGAAUAGUGAUGGUUCAGUGAAGACGGAUCGUAGUGUAGGUUGUAAUUUGCAGGAGUUAAAGAGCGAGAAUAUUGGUUAUAGGAUAAGGGUGAUGGGAUAUAGGCUUAUUUUUCAGUUGCACGAAUAUGAGGAUGUCAGUAUGGCCAAUAAGGAGUUGGAUGUAUGGCGAAGGAUUGUGUCAAUUCGGGUUAGACAUGUUUAUGUUGGGUUUGAUUUGAAUGGUGGAUGCUGCUAUAAUAUGAAUCUGCUAAUUGUAUCUCGAAUUGUUAACACAUUUGAUUGUGAGAAGUUGGUCAUUGGUACUGUAAUGAAGCAGGAUAGAGAAUUAAGAACAGAAGGCCCGGGGCAUGUUACGAAUGCUCAGAAAGAGGCAUAUAAUGCAUUUAGUCGGAUUAAUUAUAAGUUGGCGUGCCAAGUUGAAUUCACUGCACUCGGUGCUCGAGAGUGGAUUAAUGCGAAUGUUGCUUUGUUGCGGUCGGUUAAAGCAGUGGUUUUAAAGAAUGAAAGUGUUAAUUGUGGUUUGAUUCUUAGCAGUUUAGCAUUAAUAGAUGAUUACACGUUUGUUUUAGAUAUUAGUAAUUCUGGGGGUACGUUUGAUUUUGGGUUUCUUCAUAACUCUUCUCCUCGCUGUAGUAGAAUUGUUAUUAUCUCUGUGCUGAAGAAUGUGGGGAUACUUACUGGGCUUGAACAGGCAACUACGACCAUUGAUUCAACGAUAACUCUUAUAAGUGAAUGGUCGAUUCUUAGGUAUAUAGCUAAACAUAAUCCGACUGAAAUUUGUGUUCAUACGCUGAUUGGUACUGGUUGUGAUCCGGUGGUGGAAUACCAAAAGACUAAAACUAUUCAAGUUGUCGCAGAGGCUAGGCCUAUUAUUCUUGCUCGUAAGGUCAUCACUACAAUUCCCAAUACAGAAGCAUGUGGAGUUUUGGGUUAUUACCAAAAGUACUAUAAUCGACAAGCUUGUCUCCAGUAUGGUAUAAGUGCGGAUGAAGAUCAGUUUCAGUAUGAUAGUGGACGAAAUCAUAUUUUGUUAACUCUAGCUAGACUCAACAAAUUUGGUGGGCUAGCCCAGGUGCCAUGUGAAUUUAAAAUGCAGAAACGGGUGUGUGAUGGCCAUCAAAUGAGUGGUUCACAGACCUCACUGCCUCAAAUAGACCUCUUCUUUCAACUUAGACACUAUAUGAUGUCAGACGGACUUAUAAUAUCCAAACAUAUGCGCCAACCUUUCUGCCAGCAUAUACGCUACAAUAGUAUCACGAUCAAAGGACCGUAUGAAUGGGUCAAUGACUACAUCAGCAGUUGCUUUGAUCUGCUGAAUCGGUUCCGAAACCUUACUGCCCAGAAACUUACACUCGCCAAUAUCGAUAAGGUUCACGGGCAAAUGGGCAUUUUUAAUAUAGAUAUGAUCAAAACAUCCCCACCUGACCAACCAAAAUACCAUCUCAACAUUAAGACCUUAGUGCUUUCUAACGUGCAUCGUGAUGUUAUCUACACCCUAUUGAACAACUAUAGCUUUGUUAACCCAAUAGAACUGCAUAUUCUAAACCAGUACAACCAAAACCUGGCCAUAGCCCAAAUUCUCUCUCUUCCUAUAAGCAAUCUAAUCUCCAAACUUGUGAUUGACGACUUUGUUGAACUAGAAGAGGUCAAAAACCACACGAUCUACACAGCCACUGGUAAAUUCAAGGAAUUCUCACUGUUCAACUACAUAAAGACAAUGGCCAAUCAAAACAAAACGCUCGAUGAUCUGGGUCUUAAAAAGCUGUUCUUGCAACUACACAAUGUGGAUUGCAUGAAGUAUGCCAAUGUCUUAAGCGAAUUUAGCCGCUUUGGUGUUCAAUAUCAGAUUGUUUCUCUUAAUAGCUACUUCUCAAAUAUCAUAAACAGUUACAAUAACGUUCGUGAGACAAUGGGGCCUUGGCAUACUGAGGCCGUGGAUGAUAUAAUGUUUGACAACCUUAGUAUGCGGGCUUUAGAAACCGAUCUUACAGAUAAUUCUCCUCAGAAGCCAACCACCACUAAUUUCGCUAGAGUCGAAAUUACACCCGAUAGUGUAGAUUCACUUAUCUUAUAUUUCGAUGGCACUGAUACUUUGACCGAAAAUAACCUCAUAGCCAUUUUGCGUUGGAUAACUCACCGAUUUGGACAUAUAACCAACUUGAAUCUAAUCAACAUUAAGUUAGACGAUCGAGACAAACAUAUAAUGAACAGCCGUUACCACAUUCCCAAUUGGUUAUCCGCAUCGUUGAUAAUUAAAGUAAAACCGGACAUCUCAAAAAGCGAUUAUAUUCAACUGAAGACUCGGCAGACUCUUGUAUGUUUGAACCUCAGUACGAACGGCGAUAACAACAUUGUACAAGAAUAUAUAAAUUCCAAGGUCUUGUCAGGUAUUCGACCUAUCCUAAAAGUGCCAGCGAAACUCAUACCUAUCCCUAUCCCUUGCUGUUCAAAAUUCAAUUGUACUAUCCCAAUACUAACCCAACCUAUAACGCCCACAGAGAAUAUGCCGAAAACCCCCAACAAUAAUAUCUCUUGCAUGUACUGCAAGCGCAAGAUUACUAUCCCAAUGAGUGUGGAAGAGAACCAAGACCCGAGAAGAACCGAUAACAUCUACUACAUUACUUCGUGUUUACACAACUUAAUCUGUCACGCUUGUAUAAACCGCCGGAAGGCGGGCUCACAAGAAAGAUCCCACCACAGCCCAUUAAAGUCAUCUCCCUACUGUCGAACGUGUGCCAAAGGGUUUAAUCUCGCUUAUAAGCCUAAACGGAUUCAAAGUGCGAAAGAUCUCAAGCUCAGAACUAGUUUGGUAGAAGCCAUGUCAACCAAGCCUAUCAAUAAGAUCCCCGAGCAAGAUAUCCAAAUGAUUAAGGAUUGCCAACUCUAUUUCUAUCAAAUGCGCUGCGACUUAGAUAGUAAUGAGUUAAUGGAAUCCGAACUCCGUAUUAUCUACAUCUAA